AUGAAACGGUUUCUGUUUUCGCUCGUGCUGGUUGGAGUCGUGUGCGCAAACGAAAUUGAUCAUGGGUUGCCAUCAGAAGAAACGCUUAAGAACGGUCUUAGCAACCAAUGUGCCAACCGACAGACGUCCUCAUGCAUUGCUGUAGAAUUUGUGGGCUACGUGGACAGAAUGCUUCGGACAGCUGCUUUCCAGCUCAGCGACGACAUGAUGAUUGUUGAUGAAAGCAAUGGUUUAGCUGCCGAAAUGCCCAUCAAGCCAGAGACCCUUGCAAGAGCCGGUACUUCUUUAGAAGACCAGGCGCAACAGGUUAUCAUGGAAAAACUAUGGAACUUUGCCACCACCAGGUCCUUGAGGUACAGGAUCCUGGAUAACGCAGAUGUGGUUAUUGCCGGCAAACAAGAGAAGGAUGGAAGCUUGGGUGUUGGUGUAUCAAUGAAAGCUCCAAAAGUAUUCGAGAGCGGCAGACAAAGGAACAAGAACAUGGGUCCAUUCCUCGCAGCAGCUGCCUUGAAGUUCGGCCUCCUUGGUGCUCUGACCUUCAAAGGUCUCUACCUGAUGGUCGGAAAGGCUCUCCUUAUCUCCAAAAUUGCUCUGCUCCUCGCUACUAUCAUCGGACUGAAGAAACUCUUCUCUCCUCAGGUGACAGAUUAG